UGCACACGUGAAUGGCGCUGCACGGCGAGUACACAAACGCAACAUUGGAAUUCCGUUGUGUCUCCCGGUGGUUACCAGAUAAAUAAACCGUGCACCGCUGGAUUUGCCAGUGCAAAAUGUCUCCCAAAUAUACGCACGCAAUCGUUGCCAGAAUCUCGAACGCCCUGCUGGAGACUGGCAGCUUUGAUGUGCAAUUGGCGAAACAACAGCAUGAACAAUAUUGCGCCCUAUUGCGGGAAAUCGGACUGGAUGUGAUUGAGCUGCCGCCGGAUGAUGCCUUGCCGGAAGGUGUUUUUGUUGAGAGCAGCGCCGUAAUUUGCAAUGGAGUUGCGCUUAUUGGACGCUCAGAUAAUCCAAAGCGUCGGCGCGAAGCCGAAACCAUGGCGAUCAUAUUAAAAAAGGAACUCGAUAUACCCAUUAUUGAAAUCGAUGAUCCCCAUGCCCAAUUGGAUGGCGGCGAUGUGCUCUUCACGGGGCGCGAGUUUUUCAUUGGCAUUUCAAGCUUUACGAACGAGGAGGGCGCACGCGCCGUGGCCAUGGCAUAUCCCGAAUAUCCAGUUACACCCAUAAGGGUGAACGGCUGCAAGCGCCUGAAGUACUAUGUAACCAUGGCCGGACCGGAUGUGCUGUGCGUGAGCACGAGUGCCACCUGCCAGGAGAUUGUGAAGCGGAUGGAGCGUGAGGCGAGCUUUACGUAUCAGAAGCUAACGCUGCCCGAGGAGUGUGCGGCAAAUAUGUUAUAUAUCAAUGGCACAAUUGUUCACAGAUCACCCGCUGAAAUUCCAGAAGCAUACAAGACUUUAAAAGAGAAAAUCGACAUUCCAACACGUAAUGUUAACAUUAGCGAAUUUAGCCAAUAUUCCAGUGGAUUGAGCUCAGCGUGUCUGCUGCUGCGACGCUGGAAAUCUAUACGCAGCAUUUGAAUCUGUAUCGAAAUUGUUGUAUCAAUCGAAACACAUCCAUGUUUAUUGUAAACAAAUAUGAAUGUUAUUUUGUAUUUAAACACGCACAGGCGCUCGAAUUCAUUGUUGAUCGCGCAGCAAUAUCAAAUGUCAAGUAAUAAUUCAUAAAUAUUUCUAUUAGGCAUGCAUUUUGUAAAACGUUAUUUGUUAAACUUUUAAGUGAUAAUGUUAAAAUAUUUAUACACACAAACACUUUUAACACACAUCUCUUUCGUACACAUUCGUCUAAACUAUAAGCGUGUGCUUUGUGAACCUUUAAAAAACAAAAAAACAAAAAACAUUUCCAGCCACUUGAUUGUUCAUUAACAUUAAAUAGUUGUUUAAUAAUGGCAUAUACAAAUAAUAUUAAUAUAUAUAAUAUUUUUUAUUAUUGGACUCUCAGUUGUGCGACUGUCCAGCCAACGAAUGAUCUACGAAAGUAUCUACUGUACAAGUAGCUGUUAAAUGUGUUCACUGUACUCAG